UACCUUGUAAUGUUUUUGUCAUGGGUGACGCGACCUUAUAUGAAUUCGGCUUGGUUCUUGGCAGUGUUAGUAAACUGUCAAACUAGUGAAAAUGGAAGUGUUGGUGAUCUGAUAUUUUUGUUGUUGUUUUUUGGGGCGCAGUCGUGCUUUUUGAUAGUUCAAGUCGAUGUGUAAUUAUUUAGCUAUUUGUGCAGCGAUUGAUUGAACUAUUGAUUGAAAUGAUGAAUUUUCGCGUUAAUAUAAACGUUUGUCGUAUCUGCAUGAAGUCAGAUGAUGGCGUAUCUCUAUUGGAAGACAAGGAAUUGGGUGAAAAGUUUGUGUUUACAACGCGCUUAAAGCUCAACGGGAAUGAUGAUUUGCCCUCCAUAAUUUGUGGCAAAUGCUUGAAGCGCCUGUAUAUAUCUCAUGAUUUCGUUAAGCUAGCCCAUGAAUCUGAGAAAAAUUUAAAAGCAUUUCUAAUCAAGAUUAGUGAAGACUUUCAGUUGGUAACAAAUAACAAUUCAAAUAACGUCAACGGAGAAGAUGAGGAUGAUGACGAUUUAUUUUCGACAAUUCUUCAAGAUGAAAGUAAGGAUGGGAUUAGUGACGAACCUACUUCGGAGCAAGUUUCCGAGCCAAAGUAUAAAGACACCACUGGCCCAUCCCAACUGCCCAGUAAGAAAAAAAAUACUGCCAGAGAGAAAUCCCAAGCAUCGUCAAACGAUCUAAAAUCCGAUCUUGCGAUAAAAAAUGUAGGCAGCAACAUGUUGAAACAAGUUAAAAGGCAAAAUUCGAACAAUGAUGUAGAAACUCAUGAGCCAUGCAAGUCGGAGGAGCAAAUAGAAAGAGGGCCAGAAGAAGAAGAGCGCAUAUCCGAAUUCAAUGUUGAAGGGGAUGCAGAUUUAACCGAAAUUGUGGAAAUGCAACCUCUUUCGAGCGAACAUCUCCAAAAUGAAAAUUCUUCUGAUCACGAGAUACAAAUACUAGCCCUCACCGAUGAUGAGUCACAAACGGAGUUAGAAGUCUUGGAAGAAAAUCUACAACCAAGUGAUGAUAUACACAGCAGUAAUGACGUUGGCCAGAAAUCGCGAAAAAGUGGUGGAUUUUUUAAGGAAUAUCAAGCAAUGCUUGAAGAUGCCGAUGAUUACCUAGAAGAUAACAAUUCGAUGGAUAGCAAAACAAAUGAAAUGCAUUCGUUUGGUGCAGAUGAAGAAAUAUUGGAAGAUACAGAGGUUCACAUGAAAUCAAUUGAACAGGAAAAUAUUGUCGAAGAGCAUGACGCCGAUGCAUCAAAACAAGCCCAGUCUACAACCGAGAACAUUGAAGCUACUGAAAAAGAAGCUAAAGGCAGAACACGGAAAACCCAAAACAGAACGAAUAAUCGCAGUUCCAGUACUCGAAUUGCAAAAAAAGGCGAGGGACUAAACACAUCAAACCGUUACGUAUGCUUUAAGUGCAAUCGUGACUUCAGCACCAAAACCAAUCUCAACCGACAUAUGGCAACACAUGAAGGCAAUCGAGCAUUUCAAUGCCAUAUUUGCGAUAAAACAUUCACCCAGAAUGUGUCACUAAAGCAGCAUAUGUACACCCAUACAGGUGAAAAGCCAUACCAGUGCGUAGUUUGUCAUAGAGGUUUUACGCAAUGCAAGAGUCUGGUGUUCCACAUGCGUAGACAUACCGGCGAAAAACCAUUUCCAUGUGAAAAGUGUGGAGCUCUCUUUCGACAGAAGGACGGUUUAAAGACUCACAUCCUUAAAAGACACACAAUUAAAUCACAAGAAGGCGAUGUGGAGAUAAUAACUUGUGCCAUCUGCAAGGAGGUAUUAGCUGACAAAAACUCUCUGCAAGAACAUAUGAAGAAACACUUAAACGACUAUGUUCGAGUGGACUCUGCCAUGUCAUGCGCGAACCGCGAGGCAAAUAUAGAGGAAAGUGACAAUAAAAAUAUUCUGCUCGAUUAUAUAGAUGAUGACCCACUGAACGACAAGUCUGGCGUUAUUAUAGAUGAUUCUGCACAAGGGAUUGCGGCUGAUAUAAGUUCAUCGGCGCAUGUGGUAGAUUUAAUGACAACGUCAGCGUUGGAACCAAGUCGUGCAAAGAAAUACCAAUGCCGAAUAUGUUUCAAAUGCUUCGCCAUUAAAAUGGAAGUAUGUCGCAUUUGCGGAGGAAUUGAAUCCCUUAAAUGUUUUCUAGGCAACCAUCAACUGACGGAAUUGUUGGCCGUUUGUGCGAAUAUUACAGUAAAAGAAGGUGAUGUCUUACCGAAACAUAUUUGCGAACAAUGCGAGUUUGGAUUGCGUUUCUCAUACAGGCUGCGAAAACAAAGCGAAGAAACUGAGAAGCGUUUGCGGCAGGAAAUGCAAACACAAGCGAUUAGUACCACCACAGGCGAUGAGCGAGCCAUUGUUUUAAAUGUUGAGGUAAUACCAGCACAAUAUUCUGUUAUGCCCGUACCGACGAGACUGGCAUCCGAUGUAGCCAAAAACAUUUGCACUUCAACGAAUGAAGUUGGUACGGAUAUUAAUUCGGAAAUUGGAAAAGACUUUCCAGGAAAAACAAUUGCUGGUAAACGCUUGCGACUUGAAGCUAAUGAGCAACAAGUAAGUACUUCCAUCACUGAGAUUUAUGAUGAAGGUCCUUUGGAGGUGGUGAAUGAAGAGAAUCCAAAAGAAAUAUCAGUCCAAGAACGUCUGAGGUUGGAGCUGCGCAAGCGAGGUGUGACAAUGUGCCCACGCCCGCAAGCUGAACAAGAAGGCUUCUUAAAUGCACUUGAUAAUGAACAACAGGUAAUUGCCGAGAAGCGUAUGCAUCUUGAAUUGGAGUCCCCUUUGGUAGGCAUGUUAGAUAAUGAGGAAGGCAACGAUGAUGAUGUAAUUGAACUGGUUGACGAAGACUCGGUGCUGCCGGCAUCGCCACAUGAAAAAACUCCUCAUGGAAAUGAGUUGUAUACAAAUGAAUAUCAAGCUGAAGACAUAAUAGAAGAAAUACUUUCCUCGGAGGAAGAAGCAGGAGAUGGAAAUGAUCUCAUCGAACAUACUAGUUAUCAUCCGGAGAGACAAGAAGACAAUGCUGAUAUAGUAUAUGAAGAUUUAGACGAUGAUUGUGAAGAACCAAUUAGCAUCGACGAUUGUCAAAUACAGUUUACCAAAGAAGAGCGUCAUGAUUUAGAUUACAAUGAGUGUGUAGAAUCACUCGCUACACAAGAAAACGAUGGCGAAUCACAAGAAAACCAUCUCAAGGAGUUUGAGAAAGAGACUGUUAAUGAAGUAGACUGUAACUUAGAGAGUGGAUCAACAUAUAAUUUAAACAGAGGAAAGGUCAUAUCCUAUACUUGUCCCACCUGCAAUGAGGUGUUCGAUACACAUCGAGAAUUCCGGGAGCAUAAUAAAACACAUGGCGGUAAACGAUUCCGUUGUGAGGUAUGUAACAAGUGGUUUCCACAACUAUCUCGCCUUCGAAGGCACGCCAAAUCUCAUAAAAAUGAUGAUGAAGAUCGCCUUCAGUGUCCGCACUGUGACCGCAACUAUCAAUUACGUAGCAAUUUAACGCGACAUAUACGCACCGUACACGAAAAAAAGGGCUGCGUAUGCGACGUUUGUGGCGAGAAAUUCGGACGAUCUGAUAUUCUCAAGAAUCACAUGGCUAAACAUAUAGAAGAACGCGAUUUUCAGUGUGAUAAGUGCCCAGAAAGAUUCAAAUCAAAUCACUAUUUAAACAAGCAUAUGCACAAGCACAAACUUUAUGACAGUGAUGGAACAUCAAAGGAGGAAAGCGAAAAUACUAUCCCACCGGAAAAAAAGACUCACUACUGUCACUAUUGUGGCAAGGUGUCCAAACACCAUUUUACCCAUAAAAUGCAUAUGCGCAUACAUACGCAAGAGCGGCCACACAAGUGUGAUGCCUGCAGUAAAUCGUUUCGCACUUUGGCUGCGCUAAUUACGCACGAACGGAUUCAUGAUGAUGCUCGGCCAUACCAAUGUGAACAUUGUCUGCUCUCCUUUCGGCAGCAGGGGCAUCUCAAGGAACAUCGCAUGAUACAUGAAGGUAUUACACCACAUGUGUGUAGUAUCUGUAACCUAGCUUUUACCAAAAAGAAUAAUAUGCUCGUACAUAUGCGCAUUCAUUCAGGAGAGAACCCCUACAAAUGCGUCACUUGUGGUGAACAAUUCAAAAAAGCAGAGCAGUUGAGAAAACAUGAAUUUAAGGUGCAUAACAAAAUAGCCACGGAUCAAGGUAAUAAUCGACCCCAAACCCUACAUCAAGACGCAAAUGCGGGUAACGAAGAAGAAGAUGAGGUAUAUGAUAAUGAUAAUCGAUUUGCCUAUUUACCAUCAGAGCUGCUGGGCAGCGACAGCAAUAGUCUUGAGGUGAUAGAAGAGCCAAAUGAGUCGCAUAUUGAAAACAAUGCAAUUAUCGAUGGAGUAGUAAUUCAAGGUGGUAUUGACGAUGGAGUCCCUGGAAUGGCGACAAGUAUUGACUUGGGGUCAACUUUUUGCAAUAAUUUAAACGAUGACUUUAAUAUUGAUGAUACUAGUGUUGUGCUGGUAGUGGAUGAUAACGCCAAGUUCAAUAGCUUGUUUAUUAUGGACGAUUAAUACACAGCUUUUGCAAUUUUUUUCAUUUAUUUACACUCUAUUAUGAAAACAAUACAAAUUAAGACAAUUCAUAUUUUAAUAUUUCUAGUAAGAAUUAGAAUUACAUACAUACAUAGAUAUAUACAUAUGUAUAUAGUGCAGUUGAUUAUAAAAGAGCAGGAUUGCGAUAUUUUUACCAGUUUGGACUAUUUGUCUUUUGUUUAUUUAAUGUUUAAUAUUUUUUUUUUUAUAAAAGUCUUGCUGGUUAUAAAACAAACACUAUCUAAAUUCACAUUUCAAACUUUGUAAAAAAAAGUACC